UCACGACAAGUAUUGCAAAUUUGCAAAGAUCUAGAGAAAGUCAAGUACAGUUGUCAUUGUUAGCCAUCAUGGCCACCGUCCCCAAGAGUUACGGCAAUGUUGCCGCCGUGCUUGAGCAAAUCCCCGCUCGGCUUAAGAUAAUUGACAGGCCAAUUCCCAAGCCUGGUCCCGAUGAGAUUGUGGUUCGUAAUCAUGCAAUUGCAGCGAAUCCAGCUGACUGGAAAAUCCAAGACUAUGGGUUCCCAAUCACUAAGUUUCCCACAGUUCUCGGCAGCGACUCCUGCGGUGUGAUCGUUGCAAUCGGAGACUCAGUGACCAAGUUCAAGGUCCGUGACAGAGUCGCUGGAUUUGCUGGGGUAAUCUACAACCAGGACAUCAAUCAUGGAGCUUUCCAAAGCUAUACCCUUCUUCGAGACAUUGCAACCACGAAAAUCCCUGACAAUAUGAGCUUCGAGGAGGGAUCAGUGUUCCCGAUGGCUAUGGCAACAUCAUUAAUCGCACUCCAUGUGUGUCUUGGCAUCCCAAGAUCUACUGGACCCAUUACACCCCAGCAGUCAGGACUCCUGAUCUGGGGAGCCUCGUCCUCUGUUGGCACUUCUGCUGUGCAAUUGGCUAGAAAUCUGAGAUUCAAAGUCUUCGCAACCGCCAGCCCAGCCCAUCACCAAACGCUCAAAUCCCUGGGUGCAUUCGAAGUCUUCGAUUACCACGACUCCUCAGUGGUAGAUAAAAUCGUUGCAGCAGCAAAAUCUGCCGGCACUCCCAUCACUCUAGGAUUUGAUAGCGUCACCGAGGGAAUAUCAUUCAAGCAAGCCGCUGAUGUCCUGACUGCUUCCGGCGGCAAGGGAGGGAAAUUGGUGUUGGCUCUGCCGCAGCCAGAGGGAUACGCGCCUGAAGGCAUUGAGAUCUCUCAGACUAUUGCGGCCAGGUCUUUUAUGGACCAGGCAGAGCUAGGGAAAUGGUUCUUCAAUGACUAUUUGCAGGAUUGUUUGGCGAAUGGGAGUAUCGUGUCGGCUCCUCGAUUUGAGGUCGUGCCUGGAGGAAUCCAAGCUGCUCAGAACGCGCUCGACAAGUUGAAGGCUGGGGUCAGUGGGACGAAAUUGGUUGUUACGGUAGACUGCGGUCAUCAUUGAUUAUCAUGAUAGUCUUCGAAAAGCGCAGAACAGAAAGAUGCCCGCAAGGAGUAAUGGUUCAAUUGGUAUGAUUCCGGCCAUCAAGGGCCAUGUGCGUGAGCUCACGUGCCCUUCAUCUCAGCAUAUCUUGAAAUCGCAUUCUAUAGCGUAAUUCAUAUCUGCGAUGUUCUAAUCGGGAUUUGGUCUUUCUUUCCCCGCUCAGUUAUCCUCGUAGCCAGGGCUUAACUCGUCUUGACUUUCUAUAUUCCGUAAGCCGU